GAUCCUGGCCGAGACUCAACAGCUGACUUUACACAUUUGUGGGACUAAUUGAUUCUGGGCUUCCAACAUGCUGAGGCCGCACAAAAGGGGGUCGGUAGUGCCUGGCACCACGCGCAGGGUCCGGCUGUGUUGUGAGCGGGAGCUCAGGGGGAGCUCAGUAGUAGCAGCGGGACCUCGAGGUCAGUAGGCAGGGGCGGGGAAGCCGCGGCCGCGCCCUCCUAGCCACUCCCCGGCCGGCGUUGGGUGGCGCGCACUCCCAUAUGUCCUCCGCGCCACCACGAUCGCCCACCCCGCGGGCCCCCAAGAUGAAGAAGGACGAAUCUUUCCUGGGCAAAUUGGGCGGCACACUGGCGAGGAAGAAGAAGACCAGGGAGGUGACUGACUUGCAAGAAGAAGGCAAGAGCGCCAUCAAUUCUCCAAUGGCCCCGGCUUUAAUGGACAUCCACCCUGAAGACACCCAGCUAGAGGAGAAUGAGGAGCGCACCAUGAUUGAUCCCACCUCCAGAGAGGACCCCAAGUUCAAGGAGCUGAUCAAGGUGCUCCUGGACUGGAUCAACGAUGUGCUGGCAGAGGAGCGCAUCAUUGUGAAACAGCUGGAGGAAGACCUCUACGAUGGCCAGGUGCUUCAGAAGCUUCUGGGUGAGCGCCAGGACCCCACCGCGUGGCACCAUCCUCCUUGCCCUGGAAACAGCCCAAAGCUUGGUUUAUACCUCCUGGGUGGCCCUAGCUGUGGUUUCUUUGCCAUCCUGUCUUUGUGGUUUCUCUGCUGGCCGGUAUGUACCCAGCCAUGGGGCUGCAGCAGGAGCUGGAAGUUGGGGGCGGAGAGGGGGCAAGAACACGGAAGUCCCGGGCCCAGGAAAACGCCUGUGGCAGAACUUUGUGGGAACCUUAGCGGGGUUCAUGAUCUCAGUGACAGUGUGGCUGAUGGCAGCUUUGCAUCCCGGGCUAAGGACAUGAAAAUAAAAAGAACAUGGUUGUCAGGUGGCCUUGAGCCAACAAGAAAAAAUAGAGGGAAGCCAGGCAGAAGCAGGCAGAAGCCCUCUGAGGCCUCCCUAUCUGAGGUCCUUUCAUCCUCCCCCAGAGGUCUCCUUGAGACCCGCCCUCGUGAUGGUCCCCUGUUCUCUACAGCAUCUGACCCGAGGCCGCUCUUUCUUCCCCCUCCUCCCAAAGCUAUCCACGGGAAGAACCUGGUGUCCAUCCUUCACCUCCUCGUCUCCCUGGCCAUGCACUUCAGGGCCCCCAUCCACCUUCCCGAGCAUGUCACCGUGCAGGUGGUGGUCGUCCGGAAGCGGGAAGGCCUGCUGCACUCCAGCCACGUCUCAGAGGAGUUAACCACGACCACGGAGAUCAUGAUGGGCCGGUUUGAGCGUGAUGCCUUCGACACACUUUUCGACCAUGCACCGGACAAGCUCAACCUUGUGAAGAAGUCUCUCAUCACAUUUGUGAACAAGCACCUGAAUAAGCUGAACUUGGAGGUGACGGACCUGGAGACCCAGUUUGCAGAUGGCGUGUACCUGGUUCUGCUUCUGGGCCUCCUUGAGGACUACUUCGUCCCCCUCCACAACUUCUACCUGACCCCUGACAGCUUCGACCAGAAGGUGCACAACGUGGCCUUUGCCUUUGAACUGAUGCUGGACGGAGGACUCAAGAAGCCCAAGGCCCGCCCUGAAGAUGUGGUGAACCUGGACCUCAAAUCCACUCUGCGGGUCCUGUACACUCUAUUCACCAAGUACAAGGACGUGGAGUGACGGAGCUGCUGAUCCUUCCAGGGCAGUUUCUAGGCAGGGAAAAUGGGCAUGUCUAUCCCCAGCCCCUGCUUCCCCAGGGAGGCCUCAGGCUUCUCAUCCCGACUGUGUAAUGUCCCUCCUGUCUGCUCCCUGCCUGGCCCCCUUUCCUCUGUGGUUCCCCAGCCAACUGGUUAGGCCUUUGAGAACUUGGUGCUUAAAACACCCUCUCAGGUUUGAGGCCUCACUUCCUUUUUUUCUCUGCUGCCAUCAAGAGAUGAAAAAAAGAACGAAGCCCCAGCCUAGUCCUCAGCUGGAGAGGGCUGUCCACCUGUGCUCCAACCCACGAGGCAAUUACUGAUGGCAGGAGCACAGCAGCCCAUGCUCCGGCGACUCCGCCCCACUUGUCCUCAGGAAUCCCCUGGGCUGGGCUCUCCCUGGAAGCGGGUCCUGUCUUAGUAAAAAGAUCCUCGCAGUUUUUCACUCCUGUCUCAGAAGCGUCAGACUUGUGACGUGUCCCCCCACCCCCCAACACACACACACACAUCCGUCUUGUGGUUUACCGGUCUUGACUGACCUACAUCAACUCUCAGGACCCAGAAUGCCUCGGGCCCCCAGGGAAGCUGCACAGAGCCUAUCUGGGUGUCUUGCUGGCUCUGAAUAUGCAGCUUGAGCCAGCUUGGAGCCGGAACCUUGCCGUCUCUAAAGGCCCUGUUAGGGAAUGGACACAUUUUUAGAGAUUUUACAAGGGGGUGGGUAUCUAUGACUAGGUCUGCCUCACCACAGGCUACCAGCAGCCAGAAUGACAGAGGCGUACCUCUGGCGGCUCUGGAGGCUGGAAGCAGGCGGUGGAGGUGCUGGCUGGGCUGGUUUCUGAGGCUUCAUUUUUCACUGCUCCUCUCUGCCUUUGCAUGCAUUAGCCUCCUCCUAGUUCUGAUAGGGAACCCAUCCCCUGUAUGGCCUCACUGCCCCUAUGACAGCUGUAAGGUCCCUGUCUCUAGGGCAACCUCCCUCGGACACGACAGGAGUAGGUUUGUGGGGCUUGUCUGAGCUGGGCGUAUGAAAUGUCCACGUCCUUCCUAGAACACUACUGGUAUCCUCUGCAGCACGUCCUGUAAAAGAAAAUGCUGCUGUUCCCAUAAGCCGUCCCCACUCUAGAGAGGAGUGGGGAUACCAUGGCUGGCUGGCUUCUUGUCUCAGGAACCCUACUUCUGUGGUUCACCCCCUCUCAAGUUCCUUCUACCUCCAGCCUUCUGAACCGCCACCCUCUUCCUUGAGCCUUAAGCAUUCGCGGCAGCUAAGGUGAACCUCCCUCUUCUGAUUCCCACUUUGCCACGGACCAGGGCUAUGGAGUGAGGUGUUGAUACUCAACAGAACACCGACCGUGGAGUUCCAGCAAACAGUUUAAUAUCAUCCCUUGGUUCGGCUGUCGCUAAGCUGGGGAUGGGUUUGGAAUAGUCUGCUCCGAUGGAGGUGGCUUCCCAGCAGGGGAAAGAGAUAAUUAAAACGGCAUUACCGUGUCUCCCCGUGGGAUGCAGUGACAUUAAAGAGCCACACUGACAAAAUAGCCAGGAUCGGAAUGUUCUGUGUUACCUUCCCUCCUUGCUGCUGGGUCAGCCUUGCCCAACUCACAGGUGGUCUUGGCCAGGGUGUCUCACAUCCCCGGGGCAGGGAGCCUUCAUGUGAAGGGUUUGCAGAGACCUAUGGUGCUGGGGGUGGGGAGGCUGGUCUGGGAAGGGUGGUGGUUUCCUGAGCAUCCCUAUCUGGAGGACACAUGUCCCACUUGGAAUCCAAGUGGGCUCCUUUCCCCUGCAGGAGGACUGACGAAGCCAGGGUUCCAUGAAGGCAUGACCUUCCCCAUUGGCUGAGCAUAGAAGUGGUUCUGAAAUACCAGUGAAGGGCUACCUAAUGGCUUUGCUCUCUUUUCUCUGUGGAGCUGGCACUCAUCCCUCGACCUGGACAGAGGACCGAGAACCAAGGUUCCUAGGCCAAUUUCAGGGCCCCCUGUGUAGGGCAAGGCUUCCCUCACAGAUUUGCCCCAUUAAUUUAGGGGAGAACUGUCCCCAUCCAUACCCUCUGGUAAUUAGUGACCCCUUCCUCAAUUUUUCCCAUGAUUCUCACUGGGGCCCCCCUUUGAGUUGUCAGUUCAAGGAAGUUCUGGAACAUUCUACUGCUUGGAUCAACAGUCUCUCCUGAUAUUUAUUUGAAGAGAGGUCUGGCCACCAAAACUGGUAGAAAUGCCGUUGUCUGUCAUGCUCCACACAGUCACAAGGAAGGGUCUGGCAGGUCUGUUCCUCCUCCUCCCCCAGGUCUGCAGGCCAGGUCUGGGAUUGCUCCCCUCUGUCCUACACAGAUUUACAUGUCUCCCCCAGUCCUGCUGACUUGGGUGGACCUGCACAGGCAACUCUUGUUCCCCUUCUGUUCAGUGCACGCCCUGGGCCCGGGGCCCCUGCAUCCUCACCGGCCUGACAAAACGAGGUCUUAUUUUCAAGCAGUCGAAUCUGCUCCCCCUCUAUGCUGCCGCGCUUUAUUGUCUUUUUAAUUGUUCGAAGCAAAGUGUCCUCUGGAUUUCUGGAUAUUAAAUAAAAACCACUAAACCCCCGGC